UUCCGGCCUUCUGAAUUCAUCGUUCAUGGUUCCUCUCUCAACCUGACAUUCACCAUGUCUUUACCAACGGACGUACAGGACGACAUCGAAUACGAAGAAAAUGAUCCAUUUAAUCGUGAUGCUGAUGAUGUUAAUACGCCUUUUCGUCCUGAGCCAACUCGGUCCAUCUACGCUCUAACGCGCCAGGAAAUAACAAAAGGACUGGCCAACCGAUUCGUCCACUCACGGACAUAUAUCAUUCUAUAUCUUGGAAUGGCUGCCUUGUCGGUGACGACGGUGGUGCUCAGCCUCGUAGACGGGUGUCCCGGUCUCCCCUUCUAUAUUCUCGAAAUUAUCAUCAAUGUGGCGAUGAUACUUGAAGUCAGUGUACGGUUUGUUGCGUUUGGACGUCAAUUUUGGAAAUCGCCAUUCAAUGUUGUAGAUCUCAUUCUCACCGUCUUCUGCGCUCUUACUUUGCUAGUACUCGCCUUUGCCUCAUCGUGUGGGUCUACUAGCAAAGAGGAAGAAAUACUGGACACGCUUCUGCUUGUUGCUCGCAAUGUUCUUCAAUUCAGUCGUCUUGCAGCGGUCAUGAGACAAUCUGGGCAGUCUAUAUUCUCGCGGCCGAAGCCCAUUGACAUCAAUGCUGCACGGCGAUACAACCUUGAUAUUGAUAUUGACAGUGAUGAGGAAGAAGAUGCUGAACUUGGCCGACCGCUAGUGCGAAAUCCCGUAUUGUUCGAUGCAGGUUCGGGGCAACGACCGCAAGGUGGAAAUUCUACCAUGUCCGCGAUGCCUCGAGCUGCGGAAGCUGUGCGAGAUAGAGAUACUGAAGAUGUAUGGGCGGAGCUGGGUUAGAGGUUUGCUGUACGAUAAAGUCAUUUGAUAAUGACUCAUAAUUGACGCGAUAUAGAGCCAAGCAAGGGCUAGUAAGCGUGCCUUUGGAGUUCCUUGCGGAUUUUUCCCAGUUUGCGCGUAUUCAACCUCAGCGAUCAUGCCGCUCAGAUGGAUCCAGGGCUCGGAUUAUUAUGUUUU